AUGCUAUCGAAAUAUUUUUCCGCCACCUUGCUAGCCUUGUGCUUUCUCUUUGAUAGCGCUCAAGGAAUCGUCCAAGAAGAAGAUGGAUUCUUAGAAAGAAUAGUCAUCGGCUAUCGAACAGUCAACACUGCGGAAGCCGAACUCAUCAACAAGUUCAACAUACCAUAUAGAAGUCAAUGGGUCGAUGAUGCUCGCGAAAAGAAAAAUCAAUUAGGAAACGGCCUUCACUUGACACAAGAACCUGGUUACUGGCCGGGUAAUCUAAAGAUAAAUAAUUGGUAUUGUGUUAUCGAGGCGGAUAAGAAUAAGCUUGAGAUGGCGCCUAAGAUAUAUAUCCCUGAAUAUUACCAAAAAAAGGCUCCGAAUGGUAAGGGUCGAGAUAUACAAUUAUGGCACAAGGGCGAAAAAGUUAUCACGGAUUACGUGGGGUUAACUAUAUCACCCCCCGAGAAAGCGCUUCGCUUUUCAUAUAUCUCACAAUGGCAAUGGGACAUGCAGAUGCUUAUCCCAUCUUAUGUGGUAAACAAGAACGUGUUGGGUUUAUGGUCUAAAUGCUUUGAAACAAAGGGAGAGCUACAAGACUAUUCGAACGAAAUUGUUGAUUGGCAGAGUUGGGAGAUUGAUGGACAGAUUGGAUCACCGAGCCCUGAAACUUUCGUUCCAUGGAUAAAUGAUGUUUGA